AUGGCGAACGAGCAGCUGCACCGUCCCGCAUCGCAGAAGCUGCCAGCGGGGUUGGCAGGAGUUCUGAACCCGGAGGAAAAUCGUGAUUCGGCAUAUUUCUCGAGUACCGACGCCUCGAGCAAGCACACAUCGGCUGCUUCUGGCAUUGGCAUAAACGUAUUGAGUCCAACCUCAACAAUAUCGGGAUAUCAGUCGGCCAACGACAAAACUCCUUCGCCAAUUAGUGGCAACAUGAUGCCCCAACCUCUGAUAUCUCCGUCCAGCAACAUGAGUAUCAAUUCAAUGGUUUCGCCAACAACGCCAGGGAGUGGACGCUUCGAUCGGCCUCAGUCAUUCGAGUCGAAUGGCACCCCACUGGGAAUGCAUGGAGGCCCUGAGUCGCGGCGUGAAAGUGUGGAUAGCAGGAUGAACCAGAACUUCGGCGAUAUGAGGAUUGCUGGGUCGCCGUACGCCAGUCACAACCAGUCGACGACUUCGAUCCAGGUUAGUCUAGCGCAGCAGAGGAACCCCCGCGGCGGGUUGGACACCAACCUUGCGAGCCAUCGCAUCUCGAACGGGUACCAACCAAGUGCUGACCGUACUCCCGAUGGCCACCCAAAGGUGUCUCGGACAGCACCAGCUAUCACGGGGCCCGCAACCAGUACCAUUGCUCGAGCGGCGGAACCCACCAAAGGCCAGGCGUGGGCUUUCCCCGAAGAGGAAAUCCAGCGCAUGCCUUCUGCCGGUAGCUUCAUGGACUCUAGACGGAGUAGUAUCACGGAAUCGAUCGCCAGCAGCCAAUUCACUACCGAAUCGAGGUUACCUCCUGGUCAGCGCCGGCUUGAUGACGGCAUGGGGACAGACUUUCAACGUUUGUCAGGCCUGUCCGCCGAUUUUCCUCCCGUGCAUCACCACACACUUCAACACAAGCAACUUUCCGACCUUCACAGUGAAGAGUCUAGCCCAAAUUCGGCUGCCCAACCGUACAGUCGAACCCCUGAACUGCGUGUAAGCCACAAGCUAGCCGAGCGCAAACGGCGGACAGAAAUGAAGGAACUAUUCGAACAACUCAGAGACCUGAUGCCGCAAGAACGGGGGUCCAAGGCGUCUAAGUGGGAGAUCUUGACCAAGGCAAUCACGGAGCAUCAACGACAGCAAGAGCACAUCAAAUCUCUAUCAACGCACUGUUCCAACGCCCAUCAGGAGUCCGAGUAUCUGCGAAGGGAACUAGAGAAGCUGCGCAUGGAAAAUGCCCAUUUGCGGGCAGGCAUGGGUAAUGUGCCUGCAGGACAGGCUCCCGCGAACGCCCCAAUGCCUUCACAACAACCUCCGUCCGAUCCAUAUGCUCAAGACCCCUACGGAAGGGGAGCUACACGGCCGGAACUGCCACCGCUGCGAUCGUUGAGUGGCAGCCUCGCGAAUGGCCCGGAAUCCAUGUCUGGAGUGCAAUACGAAGCACAAAGACCGAAUGGAUUCCGAACUGAACGAUACUAA